UAUGUAACUAGCAACAGCUCGGUUCAUGCAGGCCUACAGACUGUUUAACAUUUGACAACAGCUGCACAUGACUUUUGACUGCCUUAAGGAAGAAGGACUCAGUAAUGGUUCGACGUGUCGCAAUAGUUGGAGCAGGCAGUUCAGGCUUGGUCUGUGUCAAGACUUGUGUUGAUGAGGGAUUAGAGCCUGUCUGCUUUGAAAGCAGUGAUGACAUUGGCGGCUUGUGGAAAUUUAAGGAGUCCCCUGAACCAGAGCGAUCCAGCAUCUACCGCUCUUUAGUGGUUAAUACUUCCAAAGAGAUGAUGUGUUUCAGUGAUUUUCCCAUGCCAGAUCAUUUUCCCAACUACAUGCACAACUCCCAGUUACUGCAGUACUUCAGGUUCUACGCAGAGCACUUUGACCUGCUCAGAUACAUUAACUUCCAGACCACAGUGAAGAAAGUUACACAAAGACCAGACUUCUCUCUGUCUGGUCAGUGGGAUGUAGUUAUUAUAAAGAAUGAUGGCAAGGAGGAAAGGCACAUCUUUGAUGCAGUUCUGGUGUGCUCAGGUCACUAUACCCAUCCAGUAUUACCCCUGUCCAAUUUUAAAGGACAUGAGACCUUUAGUGGCAGGUUUCUUCACAGCUGGGAGUAUAAAGAUGCAGAUGCCAGCAGAGGAAAAAGGGUGGUGGUGGUCGGCAUUGGAAACUCUGGAGGCGAUAUUGCAGUAGAGAUUAGCCGCUCUGCAGAGAAGACAUUUCUAAGUACACGCCAGGGGGCAUGGGUGAUUGGCAGAAUGGCUGGUAAUGGCCUUCCUCUGGACAUGACAAUGAUCACCAGGUUCAACAGUUUCCUAACUAUGCUCCCCAAGACUUUGGUCAACUGGGCUGCAGAGAGAGCUCUGAACCAUAAAUAUGACCACAGGCUGUACGGCUUGAAACCCAAACACAGACUAUUGGACAGAAGGCCUCUGAUCAACGACGAUCUUCCUGGCCGAAUCCUUCAAGGGGCACUGGUCAUGAAGCCCAACCUAAAAGGGUUUAAGGAUUCAAGAGUCAUUUUUGAAGAUGGAACAGUGGAGGAGAACAUCAAUGCUGUGAUCUUCUGUACUGGUUAUAAUGGAAUUUUCCCAUUCCUGCCCUCGGCUCUGUCUGAAGGACCCUCCAGAGAACUGAAAUUGUACAAAAGAGUGUUUCCACCGUCUCUACAACACCCCACACUGGCCGUCAUGGGUCUUUUCCAAGCAAAAGGGCCAAUCAUGCCAAUAGUGGAGUUGCAGGCACGCUGGGCUGUUAAGGUCUUUACAGGUCUGAGCCAUCUUCCAUCUAUGGAAAAAAUGCUGGAAGUCAUUGAGUCUGAGAAAAGAAGAAACAUGCACAGCUCUCUCAGCCCACAACUGGCUGCCCUACAGGUUGAUUACAUUCCAUACUUAGAUUUCAUGGCAGAGGAGGUGGGUGUUCGACCAAACCUACUGACACUGCUUCCAAGUGAUCCUGUGCUCUGGAUCAAGGUCUUCUUUGGUCCCUGCACUCCUUACCAGUAUCGGCUCACUGGGCCUGGACAGUGGACAGGUGCCCGACAUGCUAUCUUCACUCAGUGGGAACGAGUCACUAAGCCUUUCAAAACCAGACUGGUACCAGAACCAAAAGCCAGGAGGUCUGCCUUGUGUUGUCCCUGGCUGAUUAUAUUUGGAGGAACUAUGAUAAUGGCUAUGCUUUUUAAAUAUAAACUCUUCACAAUGCUGUAACACGCAACUGAGAUAGUGGACAGUGGCAAGAUUUUUUUGAAGGACUCAUGGUUCACUGGUUGAAAGACCCACUUUCUCCCUAAGAGUUUCAACAUAUCAAAAUAAAACACACAGCAAAUCCCAGAAAAUACUGUUUGUUUGUUUUUUUUAUACUGGUUUGCAAAACGACAGCGUUGUACUUUUACACUCACCAGCUACAUUUUACUGUAAAAACCCAAACUACAAAUUUACUAUUUCAACAUUUUUUAUGUUAUUUAGGUGAGCAAAUAUUUAAAAAAAUAAAAUAAAAAGCUACACAAACUCAAAAUGUUAAGUUUUCUAAUAAUCUGGGCAAUGAGAUAAAAUUCUUUAGUUGAGACAAUUUUGGAUGAUGAUGAUUUUACGAACUAUGCAUGGUGAAAUGGUUGUUGAAGUUUUAGGAAUAGUGUCAUCUCACCAUGACAACACGAUGAAUACACGUUAGCAGCAGGUAGAGGUUCAGACACAUGUGCUAUAAUAGUGUAUUUUUAAGUAUACAGUAUGUAAAAUGUUUUCAUUAAAAUAUUCAGUUGUUCCUGGGCUGUAUGGUGGUGUGCUAGCACCAAUGUCUCUGAGCAAGAAGGUUUGUAGUUCGACUCACAGCUGGGGUAGAGGGGUUCAAAACGGGCCUUUCUAUGCUUUUUGCUUGUUUGAAUGUUCUCCCCAUGAAUGCAUGGGUUCUCUUCUGAUGGUCAGCAACAUACUUCCAGCACGAUAAUGCACCAUGUCAUGAAGCUCAAAUCAUCUCCAGCUGGUUUCUUGAACAUUACAAUGAGUUUACUGGACUCCAGUGACCUCCACAGUCACCAGAUCUCAAUCCAGUAGAGCAGCUUAGGGACGUGGUGGAACUGGAGAAUUGCAUCAUGGAUGUGCAGCCAACAAAUCAGAGUGGUGUUCGAAUGUAUUAAAACCUGGUGCCCAAAAUCUCAGAGGAAUGUUCCCGGCACCUUGUUGAAUCCAUGUCAACCUAGUACUCGCAAGGUGUAUGAAAUGAAUUGGCCAGUGGGUGUAAUUUAUUGGUCAAAUGCUAUGAUGUAAUCAUUUAUGGCUAAAGAAUUGUAAGUUUGCAUUGAGUUUGUGCAUCAAGUCCAACAGCGAAAAAAAAAAAAAAAACAUUUUCUGCCUUGUUGAAAGUUCAAAA